GGAGUAGCAUAACAACGUAACCUCUCCGCUCUCUUUAAGUUUCAUUUUCUCUCCCUGAGCUUCAAGAAUGGCACACAAUAACGCCAUUGUACGGAACAAGACAAUCAUUCAAGAAAUUCUAUCCGCAGAUCCCCAAUUCAUACUCGACAAAGUGAUAGAGAAAAAACUGAUAACCGGCCGCGAAUACACAAAACUAAACUCCAUCAGUAAGGGGGACGCAGAGGAUGUCGUUAUCAAGCUCGUGGACACACUCAACAACAAAGGAGUCCAAAGACAAUCAGAGUUCAUUGGUGUUCUGCAGGAUGAGAUCGUCCUAGAAACGUAUCCCAGGCUUAAAGACGUGGAAUGGGGAGACAGUGGAUCUACCGCCUCAUCGAGCAGUUUAAAACGCUCCGCUGAGAGGAGUUUGAGUAAAGAUGCACCAGAGACCAAAAGCGAAAAGACGGAAAACAAAUAUCCGAUAACCAGCAAACCCACCGGUCUCUGUGUGAUCAUUAACAACGAGAACUUCCAUGACAAAACUAAUAGAAGUGGAACAGAGAAGGACGCUGAAAGCCUGGCUGACGUGUUCAGCUGGCUUGGCUUCAAGGUGCUGAUGUGUAAGGACCAAACGGCGAGCGACAUAGCCCAGGUCACGAAGCUGCUGGCGGCCUUGAAGGACCUGGCGGGGCUGCAGACGUUCAAGCUGGAGGAGUGGUCCGACGGCAGGUUCACCCCAUUGAGCGUGCUCCCGCAGCACGGCGACGCCUUCGUCUGCUGCGUCCUGAGUCACGGCGAAGAGAAGGUGGUCUUGGGCGUCGACGGCAAGAAACGGCCCAUCAGCGAAAUCACCUCGGCUUUCAAUGGAGAGCACUGCUCGGCUCUGCUUGGGAAGCCCAAGGUGUUCUUCAUCCAGGCCUGCCAGGGGCAUAGUCUUCAGCCUAGAUAUGUGGCGGAUGACCUAACUUUUGAGAUGCAAGAGCAGGACACCCCCCAGCUGGUCUUCAUCCCGGCGGAGGCUGAUUUCCUGGUUGCCAUGGCCACGGUUGAGAAGUACCAAGCAGUCAGACACACAGUAAACGGCAGCUGGUUCAUCCAGUCUCUGUGUGAGCAGCUCAGGGAGGGAUGCCCCAGGGGUGAAGAUAUCAUGCAGAUCCUUUACCGCGUAAACGAUGACGUAAGCCAGAAAGAAAUCGUUGGAAAGUGUGGUGUAAUGACACAGAUGCCUGAAACCCAAAAAGUGACCCUGCGUCGCAGACUUGUGUUCUCGCCGUGUUCCAGCUGAGGAAACCAAACGCCAGGGGCAAUCUGCUGCUGCUCUUCAGCGUGUAUCGCAGUACACAGUAGUAGCCUUCUCUUUUGUUCUGUACGUUCUUUAAUCAAUCAGACAAUACAUACACAUUCGAUACGUUUUUAAGAUUUUCCUUUCAUGAGGUUACCUCGCUGUAUGAAAAGUAGCCAAUUAUUUUUACUCUUUUAUACGCCUUACUUUCUACUGUGAACUGUUUGUUUAAAGUGCUGUAGAAGUAAACAAUGCCACAACAACAUUGCUGUAACGGUGCUACUGCUCAACUUGAGCAGUAGCUCAAGUCUUUAUGAAAACAAAAUGUAGAAUAGACCUACAAUAUUUUUACGAAUAAAUGUUUCAUCCUGUUGGUUUUUUGUUUCGGUUUUUUGUGUGUAGGUUUUUAGAUG